CGGCGACGAGGAGGGGCUGCAGUUCGCGCCCGACCCCGACGCGCCCGCCGCGGUCGCCACCGUCGUGAGCGUCUCUGCGUCGUCGGCCGGCUGCAGUGGCACGGUCGUCUCUGCUUCCGCUUCGUCCAGCCACAGCAACCCCGCCGAGCCGCAGCCACCAGAGAAGGUGGAGUCGUGGGCGGUGUCGGAGGAGGAGGAGGAGCGCGAGCUGAGCGAGCGCUGGUGCACCACGCGCGAGACGCAGACCGACAUGCACCUCGCAAAGUUGCAGGGCGGCCUCGCGCGACGGUACCUCAACUGGGACGAGCGGUGCGCCGCGCGCGCCGACCUCGAGCGCGCCAUGCAGGAGAUCCGGCGCGACCGCGUCGCCGCCGCGCAGUGUGAGACCGCCUCGGCCGUCUUCUGGGCCAUCUGCCUCGCCCAGAACCAGGCGGCGAAGCGGCCGUCUGGCUGGGUGGUUGACUCGGCGGCCGCCGCAGCGGCGUGGCACAUGGACACGAUGCACGCGCAGCUGAUCCACUACAAGGGGGAACGGCAGGCGGGCGGCGGGGGACCGCCCGGGCGGGGAACCGCCCCGGCGCGGCGCGCUCGUCGCGGAGGAGAGGCGACCGGAGAGAAGGCGGGCAACGCGACGCGUGUCGGCAGCAGCGGGCGCGGCCGGGGCCGGGGCAGCGUGUCUGGCUACUCGGCGGCGGCGGCGAUGGGAGACGCGUCCAAGAUGCGCUCGCUGCGGUGCCGCCUCGCUCUAGAUGCGGAAGACGUGUACCCUCCGGCCACCUGGGAGGGGAGCGGAGUCCGAUUUUGGCCCAUUGGCUUCAUCAUGAUGGAUACGGAGGUGGCCAGCCCUUGGUUGUGCACCUGCGGCGCGAAUAGGAGGUGA